AUGGCCUUCAGUACAUCUAUAAGGUUCAUCCCCAGUAACUACCAGCAGUUCCUUGCAUUGACAUUUGCUGUCUCUGAGGUCAAUAAGGAUUUUCUUCUUCUCCCCAACAUCACCCUUGGCUUCCACAUCUAUGGCCAUUUGCAGACUGAGAUGAUUAUUUUCGCAAACAGCCUCUCCAUGCUGUCCUCACGAGGCCAAGUGGUUCCAGGGUACAAAUGUGACCUGCAGGACACUCUGCUGUUUGUCAUUGGUGGUCUCAGUGCCAAGUCCUCAAGGCUGAUGGCCUCCAUAUUCAGCAUUCUUAAGGUCCCACAGUUUGGGCAAACAAAUCCUGAGGCUCCCCCAGGCCAGGAUUUCACCAUUAACUCUGAUGGAAUCAUCUGGGCCACAAAGAAAAUGCCCUUUGCCAGGUGUGGCAUGAAGAGGUGCCAGGCAGGAGAGAGGAGAAGAGUUCCAGAGGGAAAGCAGGUUUGCUGCUACCAAUGUGACGCUUGUCCAGAAGGGACCAUUUCUAAUCAGACAGAUGCAGCUCACUGUGAAUCCUGCCCAGAAGACCAAUAUCCCAACAAGGACAAGGACCAAUGCAUUGCCAAGAAGAUCCACUUCCUUGCCUAUCAAGACACCCUGGGAUUCACUUUAGUUUCUCUUGCUCUUUUCCUCUCUGGGAUCACUUCUGCAGUCCUGGUGAUUUUCUAUAAACAUCACGACACACCGAUUGUCAAGGCCAACAACCGAGAUCUCACCUACAUCCUCUUGGCCUCCCUCCUGCUCUGCUUCCUCUGCUCCUUCCUCUUCAUUGGUCGACCUGUGAAGCUCACCUGUCUCUUCCAACAAUCUGCCUUUGGCAUUCUCUUUUCCCUGGCAGUUUCCUCUGUGUUGGCAAAAACUGUCAUGGUGGUUCUGGCCUUCAUGGCCACCAAGCCAGGGAACAAGACAAGGAAACUCUUAGGAAAACCACUCACCAACUCCAUUGUCAUAGCCUGUCCCCUGGUCCAAGCCCUUCUUUGUGCCACCUGGCUGUUAAUCUCUCCCCCAUUUCCCAACUUGGACUUUCACUCCUUGUUUGGAGAGAUCAUCUUGGAAUGUAAGGAAGGCUCAGCUGUAAUGUUUUACAGUGUCCUCUCCUACCUAGGUUUUUUGGCCCUUGUUAGUUUCACAGUGGCAUUUCUAGCUAGGAAAUUGCCUGACAGCUUUAAUGAAGCCAAGUUCAUUACUUUUAGCAUGCUGGUCUUUUGCAGUGUUUGGAUCACUUUCCUCCCCACCUACCUGAGCACCAAAGGGAAGUCCAUGGUGGCUGUGGAGAUCUUCUCCAUUUUGGCCUCUGGAGCUGCUCUCUUGGCUUGUAUCUUCUUCCCCAAAUGCUACAUUAUCCUACUGAGGCCUGACUUGAAUUGUAGAGAAAAUAUAAUGAGGCACAAGAAUCUCUGA